UCCCGCUGGCCGGCCAUUAUCCUCUCUCUCUCUCUCUCUUCUACUCUUCUCUCUUCUCUCUAUCAUAAAGGCGCGCAGUUCCGGUGACAUCCUGACUGGCAAGCGAGCUUCCUUCAAAAUCUGUGCCUCACCCUCUUCUGCUCCUCUGCUGCGACCCCCUUCUCACCUAACUCCCAUUUGAUGCGAUUCUCUAAUAAAAAAAGCUUCUUUGUCCCUCAAAAUACCUUCUUGCUAAUUUUUUUCUCACCAUCGAAAGAACCCUGGUGAAGUUCCGCUGAUUUUUAGAUUUGUACUUGAAAUGGGCUGUGCGCACUCGAGAGUGGACAAGGAGGAGACAGUGUGGAGAUGCAGAGUGAGGAAAAGGCUAAUGAAGCAGCUCCUUCGUUGCAGAUCUGACCUCGCGGCCGCCCACAUGGCUUACCUCCAGUCUUUAAGAAACACGGGAGCCACUCUCCGGCAGUUCACCGAGUCGGAAUCCGAGGUUUCCGGUAACUUUCCUCCUCAUGUUGCAUUUCCCCACUCGCUUCCACCACCACCACCACCACCACCACCACCUCCUCCUCCUCCUCUCCCACCUUCUCCUCCGCCUCCUCCUCGAUUGAGCACAUGUAAGAAGGUAAGGGAAGUGGAGGAAAGAAGAAGCAAUGGUGAUGAUAAUUCUUCCAUUAACACAGACACUGAUGAAGAUGAUAAUGAGAGUUGCAGGCCUCCACCUCGUCCCAUUCAUAACUUGGAUUGGGAUUUCUGGGAUCCAUUUGGCAUUCCAUCUGGUUCAAAUGCUUCUUCGCCAGUUUUGUUGAAUAAGGGUUUGGGGGAUGAGGAGAAGUGGGCUGAGGCCAUCACAGAGUUUGAAGAUGAGGUAGAGGAAAGGGAAUGUCAACGCUCUGAUGUGAACAUGACAUUGAUUUCGGUUAAAGAGAAGUCACCUUCGAGGGAAUUAGCUGAUGACAACUCUUCAACGUUUAGUGGGAUCACUAAGGAAACUGAUGCAGCCAUGGUUGUAUGGAGGAGGAAGAAGACAUUGGCAGGAAUUGUGAAGGAGAUUGAUGAUUAUUUCUUGAAGGCUGCUGCUGGCGGUAGCGAACUAUUAGUUCUUUUGGAGUCUACUCAUGGACAGAGCCUUGAAAGCAACCUCAACGGAACUAAGGGUAAGACUUCAAAAUCAGCCAAGGUUCUGUCUUGGAAUUGGUCUCUUAAAUCUCCUCAUUCAAAUAGAGGCGCUUGCGGCCAAAAUUGUGAAUCAUGCAGGCCGAGCAAACAUCGUACCACACUCGAAAAGAUUUAUGCUGAAGAGGAGAAGCUUUACAAGGAAGUUAAGGAGGAUGAGCUCACCAAAAUUCAGCUAAAGAAGAUGAUCUCCUUACUUGAGAAGCUCGAGACGACCGAGAAUGACUACAGAAAAUCUGAAAAAGUACGAUUAGAUGUUGAAACUUUGCGGACUCAAAUUCUUUCUCUGCAAGUGUCAAUUAAUGCAACAUGCCUAUCCAUAUCGAAUUUAAGGGAUGAAGAAUUGUGUCCUCAGUUACUGGAGCUAACAUAUGGGCUUUUGCGCAUGUGGAGAACCAUGUUUGAGUGCCAUCAGGUUCAAAGCCAUAUUUCACAGCAGGCAAAUCUUCUCGACAGCCAUCCUGACACCAAACCAACUAGUGAAUCCCAUCGCUUCGCUACGGUUCAACUGGAAAAUGAGGUUACAUCUUGGCACGCUUCUUUUUGCCGUCUUCUCAAAUCUCUUCGUGCCUAUGCCACUGUUCUUAAUCAAUGGGUUAGGCUUACUGACUGCUUGCCAUAUUGUACAAACGUUCCUGGUUCCAUAGAAGGGAUCCAUUCUCUUGGUGAAGAAUGGCAGGUAGCUCUCGAUGGAUUACCGGACAAGGUAGCCGCAGAUUCAAUAAAAAGCCUUGUCUCAGUUAUCCACUCUAUUGUUCAACAACAGAAUGUGGAGCUGAGUCUGCAGAAGAAAUUGAAGCGGCUCGAAAACAAGUUGGAGAAGGAACUAAAUUCCAUCAAUCCAACACACAACACAGAUCCUGAUAACCAACCAUCACCAAGUAAUACAAAACUUGACGCCCUCAAGACGAGGGUGGAAGACGAGAAAGCAAAAUAUUUAAGCUCCAUUCGUGUCAGCCGAGCCAUGGAGUCGAACAAUCUCCACACGAGCCUGCCAAAUGUUUUCCAAGCUCUCAUGGCUUUCUCAAACAUAUGCUCGCAAGCUCUUGAUGGAAUUGUAAAAUCCACCGACGCUCCGAUAGAAUCUUAGCAAUAGCCAAUCUGUAUAACCAUUGUUUUCAAACUGCGAAGUUGGAUAAUCUAAAUUUGCAAUGUUGAGGUAGGUUUGUGCAGCAAAGAUUCUGCAGGAGAAGAUGGGUGUGGUGCUGUCUUGAUUGCACAAUUAGAAAGGUUUGUGCUGCAAAGAUUCUGCAUGACAGAGAUGGGUGUGGUGCCGUUUGAUUGUACAAUUAGGGUCUGGAAUGUAAUAAGAAAAGUUUGGUGUUUGCUAAAACUUGUAUUGUUUCAUUAACAAGUAAAAUCACAUGGGCAUUGUAUGGGGGGAUUAUUAAAUGAGUUUCUGGGUCUGUAAGAUGUUUAUGACAACAGUUUUGUUGCGUGAAAUUGAAGUGC